ACAUUUACAGACAGUCUGGGAUUACACUUUUUUGAUAUGAUAAAUUUGUAAACCUUCAUGGAUUAUUAUGAAACUUGGACAGAAGCUUAUCUUCAAGACCAUGAAAUAGCAUCUAAAGAAGAAGUUUGAUUUUUUUUUUUUUAGAAUUCUGUAAUUUACUGAUAAAUGGACUGACACUUUUUAAGUCAACAUAACGAUUACACUUUUAUACUGACAGCAGCAAUGGCAGUACAAGAGCCUAGACAAUGAAGAGGACAAAUAAACAAGAACUGUUAAAAGAAAUUAGAAAUGCCGACGGAAGACCUCAGGCAAUGGGCACUGGUGACAAUUUUUCUCAAGAAGACUUGAGAAAUGCCAUGGGAAUGUCUCAAGCAGUUGGUGAUAAUUAUAAUCAAGACAUUAGAAAUGCUAUGGGGAGGCAACAAGCAGCUGGUGAUAAUUAUAAUCAAGACAUUAGAAAUGCCAUGGGAAUGUCUCAAGCAGGUGGUGAUAAUUAUAAUCAAAACAUUAGAAAUGCCAUGGGAAUGUCUCAAGCAGGUGGUGAUAAUUAUAAUCAAGACAUUAGAAAUGCCAUGGGAAUGUCUCAAGCAAGUGGUGAUAAUUAUAAUCAAGACAUUAGAAAUGCCAUGGGGAGGCGACAAGCAAGUGGUAAUAAUUAUAAUCAAGACAUAAGAAAUGCCAUGGGGAUGCAACAAGCAAUUGGUGAUAAUUAUGAUAGAAAAAAACAAAAACCAACAAAAGCUAAGUCAGAACCUGCCAAAAUGAAGUCGAAAAAAAUUGCCAGUUUGCCACCUUACAUGGCUUUAGAUGUAAUGAAACCAGAACAAGAAGAAGUGUAUGACAGUGACAGUGAACAUGACAUGGAUGACCUUGAAAUGGAGAAUAUGAGUAAAAUAGCAAUAAAGUCAAAGAAGAAGAUUGCACCACAAGUAAAGAAAGCUCCUCCUCCGCCACCGCCACCACCACCACCGCCUGAACCUCAGGUAGAAGCAUUUGACAUGCUCACUGAAAGUAAUGACCGUUUUGAUGAAGACAUGAUCAGUCUUGCAUCAGAAGUAGAAUUUGUUCAAAAAAGAUCUAGUAGAAUGAAAAAGCCGAUGCCACAAAAAAUGAAGGGAAAGAAAAGUAGAGAAGAACCAGCAAGAAUCGUACCUCCCAAAAUAACAGUGGACAUGCUUUCAAAGGUGAAAUUAAAAGCACCACCAGGGGAAAAGAUUGAUAAAGAUACCUUAGUUAAAAUUAGUUCAACAGAGGUGCUAACUUUGUUUGAUAAGAGAGAUUAUUUCCCAUUGUCUUCAUUUAUUGAAACAAUAAAUCAAAACACAUUGUUUGGAGACUGUCAAAAUAUUGUUAAUCUGAGUCUGACAGGAAUAGAACAAGUUACAGAUUUGUUGUUCUAUCAAAUGAUGUUAUAUACGGAGUUACCUAACCUGGCUUUGCUGAAUGUGUCAGGGUGUCCCCAUAUAACUGAUUCUGGAAUGAAAUGGUGUGUACAACAGUAUCCAUAUCUCAGUGAGAUAUAUUUGAAAGGCUGUGAGAAUCUGACAGAGAGAACUCUCCAUUACUUCCUUGAUCCAACUUGGAAUGUUGUGGAAUAUAUGGACAUGACCAGUACAGGAUUAUCUAUUAUUCCAGGCAAAAUGGGUAAAAUGGUCAGCAUUAUUGGAGCAAUUGGUUGUCCGCUGAUAUCACCAGCUACUGAAAUCUACAGAACAAAGAGAAGGGCCGCAUUGUUAGAGACACCUUUAAAGGAUUUACCUGUAUAUAAGAUUGUGGUAUUGAAAGAUAAAAACUGUCAUCAUAGUUUCUACGAGAUAGUAACUAAAAAACCACUGACGGAAAGGUACCUUAAUAUCUAUAAGGAUUACAGAGUGGAACCUCAGGAUCCCUACGUAUAUAACAUAUAUGAAGUGGAAGUUGGAAUGGGCUUAGAAAACUUGGUGUUAAGUAAUGGGUGUAUUGUUAUACUGCCUUACACAAAUAUCGAUCCAGACACUGUCAAUAAACUGACCAUUCAGCUUGUUCAUUUACUAUCCAAGUACCCUGAGUGUAUAUUUGUGAUAGCCGAUUUAUCAGACACUGGAGGCAAGACAUCAGCUUCUAUGACAAGGGAAGUAGUCUCAAACCUUGCUGUAUGGAGUGAAAAGUUUGGUGCUGAGCAAACAGCUCCUCUAGCUGAUUUGUACAUGGACUUCACUUUUCCACACCAACAAAACUUAGUAAAAGCUCUAAAUUUAAUAGAGAGUAUACAUCAGAUCCAGAAGAACAAAGACAGUGCUUAUAAAUGUGUUUGGGAUGUUGACAUGUCUGGUGGAAAGAGCAAUUCAACAACACUUAAAUUUCUCAAUAAGGCAAUAACAUCACUGAGAACAAUUUUUCCAUGGCAUGGGAAUACAUAUCACUCAAUGUUACCUGAUUGGGUGCAAAAAACAUUUGGGAAAUCAAAAAUACGACUUGGUAACUUGAUAGAAGUUCUCAACACAAGUUCAGAUUCUAUGAAAUUCAACAUGAAUUCACGACCAGGAGGACCAUACAGAGAGCUAGACAAACUUUUUGAACUGAGGCACCUAAGGGGUGAAUCAAUAUACUUUCCUAAGAUGACAAACAAACCAUGUUUUAUAGAUUUAGUAGCAGUCGGUGAUUUCUGUAACAAAUCAGCAACUAAAUUACUGAAUCCGGUAAAAAAAGCACCAGUAGCUGGUCUUGGUUUAAAUUAUCCAUGUUUCACAAGACAAGAUAUACAUGAUUUCUUACUAGGCACACAAGAGGAGAAUGAUAUAUUUAUCAAGGUUUUGGAAGAGAACCAUACAAUUGUAAAACUACCGAUUGUCCACCGACAUCCAGUUAUCAAGGAUCCAACUGUCUAUGUUGUCAAUGAAAAUCUACCAGAGAAACCACAUUUACCAAUUGAUCAUUUCUGGGAUGGGAAGUUUGCAGAUCAUCUUUACUCUGGUAGAAAAUACAGGGUACCAGUUUUACCUGAUGGACUGUUACCUAGUGUUACAAGCCAUUUUGUGAAAGUUGCCAAAAUAUGCCUGAUAUGGAAAGAUGGUAUUAUCAUGCAGCAAGGUCCACUAACUUAUAUGUUGGAAAUUAUUAGGAAUGGUGACUACCCAGGAGUGCUGAUAGAAGGCAAACUUCAUUCCAGAACUAAGCCAGGUGAUGAAACAUAUCUUGAAGCAGACAGGAUGGUCUGGAAGGGUCUAAGGGGCAUAACCACUGUGUUUGAAAGUGUAUUGAUGAAUGAUAAUAUCUAUUUCACAGGAGAAUAUUUUUACUAUGAUGAGAAGAGUAAAUUUGACAGAACAGAUGCAUUAGAAUGGUUUGCUGGAGUCAGAGAAAGACCAUAUAUGUGUGACAGUGUCCAGAAACUGGUACCCAAUCAUGCAACACUGGAAAUUGAACAAGGAACAAGAUGUUAUCAGUGUGACAAUUGUGUGACCAAAAAUUUGGAAUGUGAACACAAUCUGUCUACUUACAGAUACAGAAAUGAGUGUGGUUGUAAAGAAUAUGCUCCAUUGUGUAAAACUUGUGGAAUGUGCUCUACCUGUGUCAAUGCUAUUGGUAAAGCUGUUUCGACAGUACAGCCAAGCUUCAGAAUGACGAGAGAUACAAAUAUUGAUAAAUUGAACGUAACAGGAAGCAUCAUAAGUUAUGGAGGCAACAACUUGGAGUAUAUCUUCCGAAGUGAUAUGUCAUAUGAAGCAUUCAGCCAUCUCAAGAUUAUUUUACUCAGAGGAAUUUCUUACAAAAUCGAGCUCACUAAUAUAGAAGAUGGUCACUCAGUGGAAAUGAUUCGUUACCAGACUAUAGAAGGUAAAAUAGAGAAGAUCUCCAUCUCUGGUAAGGAGCAACAGGUCAAGGACACCAAGAAAGAGAGACCACUUGAAUGUCAUUCUGGAUACAUUAUAGAAUUACAUAUUCCACGUUUUGAUCUGUUUGAAAUCCAUCAGAAUGGGCGAGUUAUAUACUCCUGGGAACUACAAGGACCAUUUAUACAAGUAGCUGUGACAGCCAAUGAUCCAGGGAAUAUAAUGAUCUCUUCAAAUCAUUAUGUUGAUUUUCAAGAUAGAUCAACUCAAACAGAAACAAGUUGCUGUGAAAUGAGCCUUCCAUCAUGUGUGGAGAGGAAGUUAACAUUAGAAUUUCUGAGAGCUAGUAAUUUUAUGUUUGCAGAAGCUAAGGAUUUUUCUGGUUGUUUAGGCUGUAUUUUACCAGAAGGAAUGACUGAAAUAGAUCUGACAAACCCUUCUCAUCAGAUCCUGAACAACAAUAGGCUUCUCAUGCCUUUAUGUAUGACAAAAAAUAGAUUUGCAGAUGAAUGGUACCUGCAGAAGAUGGUACACAUGGUUAACAGUCCAGGAUUUCCGGUAUCACAAGAUGACAAGAAUAUGACAAUAAUAGGAAUGGCAUGUAAUGGCUUGUUAGCUCAUUACCCCUAUUUGCAUAUUCCAGACAAUUUUCAAAGAUAUUUGCAGGUUACAAAAGACCAAAUGGAUGUAAAUCUAAUUGAGAAGGGUAUGCAUGAGAUUAUCAGACUGUAUGCCAUGGAUAUGAUGUUAGAACUGGGACUCCAGUACUCAUUCAAUGGACAACUUCCUGCUCAAAUUAGGAAAUUAUUUGUGAAUACAUUGGAGCCCCUUAUUUGUGACUCUGAAAAGUCAGCUUUGAUUGCUACAGAAAGUAUUCUGAUGGAAGGAAAGCUUUUACAUUUGUGUCAAGGUCACAAAGCUGCAUACCAGUCAAGGUCAGACUUUGUAGAGUUAUCUCCCAUUGAAUUUGGUGGAUACACAAGAUUUAUCAGGGAUAUAAAAAUUGUAAAGUCAGGUCUUGUUUCAAUACCAGAGGAUUUCUUUACGUCUAUGCCUUAUCUAAUAAGAGCAGAGCUUUAUGAAAAUCUUUUGGAGAAGCUUCCAGAUUCCAUAGGAACAUGUAAAUUUUUACAAAAAUUGGAUGUGGCUGACAAUAACUUGAGUGACUUGCCAGAAAGUCUCGUAAACUGUACAGAGCUUGACCGACUGGACAUUGGUUGUAAUGUGAUGGAGGCAUUACCUAAAGUUGUGACAAAACUCAAAUUGAAGAGACUUAUGAUGAACAACAUGCUCCUGACGUCACUACCAGAAAACAUCGGUGAUAUGGAAUUGUUAGAAAUGUUAUAUGCUAGCGGUAACUGUUUUACAAAACUACCGAAAAGUAUCGGUAAACUAAAAAAUCUGAUGGAUCUGUCCCUUGGUGGGGUUCAGUGGUUUGAACUUAAGGAAGGAAUAUAUGUUAACAAGCAGAUGUUUGAAGAUUUCUUGUUCAGUUCUCGUAUUGGUCCUUGGCUAGCUGCUCACAAUGAGGACAAAGAGAAGCUGUUUCAUAAUUUUGACCUUGAUGCUAACAACGUCCUUGACCAUAAAGAGAUGGGCAAUGUGAAUGCUACAUUAUUCAACAUUUUCCCAAGAUUUGGAUACAAAGGAAAAGAACCCCCUGAGGAUGAUGCUCCAAGUGGAUUUCCAGAGGAGAUUUUUGAAUUGACCAAUCUGAGAUAUCUGAACUUACAAUACCAAGGCAUUGUCCAUGUACCUGAAGGCAUAGAAAAACUCAGCAACUUAGAAACAUUAGUCUUAUCAUACAAUCCAAAUAUGUUGUCAGUGGCUGGCCAGUGUGGCAUGCUGCCACUCAAAAGGUUAGACCUUUCCUACUGUACAUUAUUGAAGACACCACCCAAAGAAAUCCGUGACAGAGGAUUCAAUACUAUAUAUGCUUAUCUGCGUCGUUUAAUGACAGGAUCAGUGGAAUGUAAAAGGACAAAGUUAAUGUUUGUAGGAUUAGGUGGUGCUGGGAAAACAAGUUUGGCUAAAGCAUUGAUGACAAAUGAGUUCCAGACAAGUCUGACAGGAGCACAGGCUAUAACUGAUGGUAUUGAUAUUUGUACAUGGACUGUUAACCAUGAUGGAGAAAAAGUACAAUACAGUGUGUGGGACUUUGCUGGACAGACAGUUUACUACAAUACCCAUCAGUUUUUCCUGUCAGACAGAGCUGUGUACUUAUUGCUGUGGAAUGUAAGACUUGGACAAGAACAUGCAGGGCUCAAUUUCUGGCUCAGUUCUAUCAGUGUCCAUGCCAGCAAGGCACCAAUCUUUAUAGUCGGAACACACAUGGACCAGGUUCCAAAAGCAGAAAUACCUAUGGAAGAAAUGAUGGCUACCUAUCCACAGAUUGAGGGGUUCUUUUUUGUCAGUUCAUUCACUGGACAGGGAAUAGAAGAAUUAAAGUCUACUCUUCUGAAGGUGACCUUGAAACAAGACUACAUGGGAGAAAAGAUUCCUGCAGCCUAUCUGGAUAUGGAAAAUAUUAUUUUAAGGAAAAGACAAGAAGAUGUGAAUUUGGUUGAGUAUGGUGAAGUAGAGAGAAUGGCUAACAUUUCUGGUAUUGUGGAGAAAGAAGAGGUUGCUCAGGCAGUUCAAUUUCUCCAUGAUCUUGGAUCAGUACAACAUUUCUCUAAUGAAGUUCUAAAAUCAAAAGUGGUUAUAAACCCACAGUGGAUCGUUGAUGUGAUGGCCAAAGUGGUAUCAGUGAAAGAAUCACCUAUUCAGGAGGGAAAGCUGAAACAUGAAGACAUAGGAAAAGUGUGGAAAGAAUAUCCAUCUAACAUUCACUUCUGGUUACUACAGCUUACUGAGGAGUAUGACCUGACCUUUAAACUGUCCAAUGAAAAAGUAAACUUGGUACCCUGUCUUCUGCCGGAGAAAAAGCCUGAGAUUCCAUGGCCUGAGAUCAAGAAGGAUUCAGACUACAAAGAAACAAAGAUGGUGUAUCACUUUGAAUACCUUCCUGCAGGUCUUUUCAACAGAGCUCAGGUUAGAUUACAAGAGUUUUCAGACAGUGCUAUUAUUUGGAAGAGAGGAUCUUUUCUCAGAAAGAAUGAACAUAUUGCUCUACUCCACCAAAAUAAGGACACAGAAAUGGUUGUGAAAGUACAGGGACCACGUCCUGAGAAUAUUUUAUUUUUGGUUCAUGAAGUGUUUGAAGCAUUAAUUAAUGAGUCAUUCCAUGGUGUGCGGUAUGACUUCAGCGUACCGUGUCCAGACUGCAAUAAUCGUUCUUCAGCGAAUUUUGGUAUGAAGAGAGAUCCCCACAUGUUUACAGCCUCUAUGAUAAGAAGAGCUUUGGACUUACAAGCUCCAUUCCUACAGUGUUUGAAAUAUUUCCAUACCAUAUCUGUAGGAGAUUUACAAUCUAUUAUGCCACCAGAUACAACGCAGGAUUAUGAUAUACAUUUAGCUCAUGCUGUUAAUGAUCUUAUGGAGUUUGAACAAGGAAAGACACUAGAUAUAUUUAUAUCAUACUGUGAACUAGAUGCACCGAAGGACAAAUCAAACGUCAUUCACCCUGAAGACGUUAAACAAAAAUUAUUGAAGGAAAACUAUAAAUGCUACUACCCAGAGGCUGGAAAAAAACAUUCUACAGACCUUAUGGCCAAGUCGCUGAUUGAUUCCUCUAUAUUUGUGGCAUUUAUAUCAAACAACUAUGUGAGUGAUCAGACCUGCUGUAAUAUGUUUAAGUUUGCCAAAACCACACUCAGGAAACCAUUUAUCCUGGUUGCUGUUGGACCAGACCAUGAAUGGAAGAAAAGUGCCUUGGGACUACUGGUCUCUGAUGUUGUCUUUGUAAAUAUGAUUGACUCUAAGAAAUCUGUGUUUGCAAAUAAGAUGGAAGAACUGUUAGGAAAAGUAAAAGAGAUAUACUCUGUGGAAGUGUCCAAUGAAAGUCCACCAUGUUUUGUCAGCUAUUGCUGGAAAAAUUCCAAAGAUGCUGUAGAACUUGGAACUAAAUCAGAACCUCAGGCAUAUGCUUACACACCAGAUCCGAGAGAUAUGGCAAGUUUUCUGACAGCUAGUGGUGUUCCAUGCUGGUUAGAUACUAAAAGAAUAGGAUUUGGAAUGAGUGGUUUAUUAGAUGAUAUAGCUAAAGGAUUACUGAACAGUCAAAUGAUGAUAGCAUUUGUAUCAGACGACUAUACAUCUUCCAAUAACUCUAUGACAGAGUUGAAUUUUGCUGCUCUCACAUUACACAUUCCUGUUAUAUUUGCUAUUGUAGGACAAGGAGAUAACUGGAAGAAAAGUGAAGCAAACAUGCUAGCAUUUAGACAAAAUUAUCCAGUUAUUGAUUUCCGCCAAGUUGCAGAGAAUGAAGCAAAAGAAAAACUGCUUGAGCUAGCUUCGGGCUACCUUAAGUUAGAACAAUCAGGGUCAACAUUCAAAAAAGGAGAUCUGAGCAGAACAGAAUCAAGUAAAAAAAAAAAACAGGAGAGCUCAGACAAAAAAGAUAAUUUGUCUUUCCAGGAACUGUAUGAGCUAGCACAGAGAAAAUUUCAUCAUCAGAUAACACAUUAUGCUCUUACACAAGACACAGGUCUACCUUACCCCAGGCUAUUCAUUGUUGAUGUUCAGAAGGAAAAAGAAAACACAACAGAAAAGGAUGAAGAGAAGAAAAGCCUAGAGGACUUAGAAAUAAGCUUCAGGGAUGGAAAAUACUGUGUACAUAUACUGUGUGAAUGUGAAUCUGGAUGGCAUGCAGUCGGUGAUCCCAUUCCAUUAGAUGAUGACUUUGGGAUGUCAUUAUUGACAUACUAUGCACCCUACCUAACUCGUAUUACAGCUCUAAUGAAACAUAAUCUUCACUUUAAGAUGAAUGCAUUAAGUGACAAAUAUGGUGUUGCUUAUCUCAGAUAUCUUGCAGAGUCCUCAGCAGUAGAAUUAUCAGAAUGUAAAACUGAGUACUGGAAGCUGAGGGAAAAGGUUAUGAAUCUGGAUUCAGAACAGAAAAUGGGUGGACUUUCAAGAUGUCGUCUGCCAAGUGGCAAAACAAUAUGGUUGUGUCAAGGUCACAUAUCAAAGAUGAAGGUAACUGUAUUGACCAAAGAAAUGAUAGCACAUGAUAAGACUACUACAGGUGUUAUUGGUGUGGAUCAUAUGGUGGAAUCUCUGAGAGAGAUGGAUCCACAAAAAAUGAAUAUUGCAUUCAAAUCUGCCAAAAAGGCCAAGAGAAAUAGAACAGCACCCAAAGAUGCAAAAGAACAAGUGAAUAUUCAGAAAAAACAGUCCUUGAUGAGACAAAAGUCUUCGAUUAAUGAUGAACUUCUAGCUGAAUAUAAGGAAAGGAUGAAUAAGGCUGAGGACAAAGAAAAACAAACAAAAGUGUCAACACCUAGACAGGCUGAUUCUUCUGGUGAAUCUAAAACUUUACCUCCUGUAAUUCAGGAGAAAAAGAAAGCUGAUUUAGCAGAGAAUAUUACUUCUGAUAAAAGUCGGGAUGAUGAAGGUCCAUCUACUUCUGGUAUAGACACAAAUAAUCAAAAGGCAAAACAAACAACGCAAUCUGCCUCUGGUGGGGGGAAAUCUGCACAGAACUCUCAGGUUACAGGUCCCAAUAGCAAAAGACCACUGUCAGAUAGUAAGACUGGUCAAGCAGCAAAGGUUAACAAAGAACCUCAAUCAUUAGGGAAAAUGGGAAGAAGUAAAAGCAAAGCUUGUUCAGUUAUGUAACUGUAAAACAAUAGAUGUAAAUGGAUGGUCACAGCAUUAGUUUCAUCAUUUUAUUAUGACAAAUUUUAUUGAGAAAAGUUAGACUGAUAGAUACCAAAUGUAUAAAUGGUGAUAAAGGCUUGUUUUGCAAUGAUGAAUGGCAUGUAAUGAAUAAAAGGGGGAGUGAAAGUGCUUCUUAUUGUUAUGUGGCUUAGAUACAGAGGGAAUUAAUAGAGGAUUACAUCAAAGGUUGCAUUUAACUGUAUUUUAAGAUGUAAUUCAUUUAAAAAAGGGGGGUAAAAAAAGCUUGUGCCUUUUAUGUGAUUGAAGUACUAUGGGUACAUAUUAAAAAAAGGCUAAAGCAAUGGUUAUGUAACUGGAAAGUAAAUGGGUACAAACAUUAACUAACUGAGGCAAAUCCUGCUUUAUGGAGCUUCUGUUAAGAGUAGAUACUGCAGUUACAAAUAGGUGUAGUUCAUUAUUUUAAGUGCUAUUUCAUGUGACUUAAGUUUAAGUUAAACUAUUGCAAAAUGUCUCCAUUUUUUCCACAUUUCCUAUAUUGAAGUAACUGAAUAAAACUUAGAAACGGAAAGAAAUUGUUUUACAAUCAAAUCAACUGUUAAGUUUUACAUACUAUGCCUAUGAAUGCUUAUUCUACUAUGAUGCCUUGAUUAAAUUAGAUCAAGUAAAAUAGAAACUAUAAUUGGUACAAUGUGGUAUGAACUUUAUGUUAUAUUGAUGAUUGUGCUGUAGAAAUGUUUACAUCUAAUUUAUUAUUUAUAACUUUUAUAUGUGUGUGAAGAUGAAGUUAUUGAGUAUUUUUGAUAAACUUAUUAUAUUUUCAUA